UGUCUCUCUGCCCUUUUUUUUUUUUUUUUUUUUUUUUUUUUUUUUUAAGGUCCUGAUCUUAUCUCGAUCUUCUUCUGAUCUUAUUCAUGCCUGGAUUGGGACAAUGGCUUCCCGCUAUCUUCUGGAAAUCCAAGAAGAAGAAGGAGAAGAAUGAGAUGGGGGAGGAGGAGGCGGCGGUGGAGGAUGGAGGGAGAAGAGAGGAGGAGGAGUAUAGUCAUGGUAAGGGUAUUAGGAGGAGGAGGGAUGAGGCGGAGGAGGGAGUGGAGGUUGUCCGUGAUGGCGAAGAGGGGGCGACCGUUCUUGCUGAUGGCAGCGGCAGCACAAGCGACAGCCGUGUCGGGAUCGGGAUGCUUGAUGCGGAGGCAGUGGAGCGAGAAUUGCGGAAGAGGGAAAGAAGGUCGUGGCCAAUGCUCGAUGAAAAGGGUCCUAUGGCCCACGACUACAAGAUCUCUCUGCUGCUAGGAACAUGGAAUGUUGGGAACGAACUACCACCUGAAGACUUGUCAGCAUGGCUUUCUGGGGAACACGCAUAUCAUAUCGUGGCCAUUGGGGCUCAGAUCUGAAAGAUACAUGGAAAUUGUGCACUUCACUCAUGGCACGUCAACAAUCAAAAGCAUAAGCAACG